AUGGGACGACUACGGUCACUUCUUCUAGCUGUCAUUUUGAUACUUCCAUCCCUAUAUUGUUAUCAUGAUGAAGAGCCACUUCCCAAGGGAUAUUAUCCAGAACUUUAUACUGCCGAAAUAACCGUGGAUCCAGAUGUUGAUGAUUCUGUGAAUGAUAUGCCCCCUGUACGACACGUAACAGAACUUGAGAGAGGUCAAUUGCUAAAAGGAACAGUGGCUAUGGAUAUCGUCGUAACCGAAGAAAUAUCGAUAUUGAAAUUUCAUUCUGGCAUGAGUGUAAACUUGAAUGAAGUGUUGAUUGAUGGAGAACCCAUAAAGACGUUAGACGUUCGGGCGGGUCCAAGGCUAAUUAUACACAAAAAAUUCGCAAAAGGACCUCAUCGGAUUGUCGUGGAAUACGAGACAAAGCGAUCUGGUGGGUUGUACCGUAUGCAGAAAGAAGACAACACCAUGAAUUCCGUGUACACAAAAGGCGGAGAAUUCGGAACCCAUGAUUAUGUGCCAUGUUUGAAUGAUCCUGACCGCAAGGCGAAAUGGAAAGUGUCGAUUGAAUAUCCGCCCGGUUAUUUCGCCCUAUCCAACGGUAAAGUGUCGAGCAUU